AUGAACCUCAAGACGCGCUCGGACGAGUGCGAGGCCCACCCUUCGACCGCGAAAAUCGAGCUGGCUUCGCUUGCGGCGCCAGCGGCGAAGCCGACACCAGCAUGCUCGUCGGGCGCACCGCAGGCGGACUGCACCAGUGCUACCAGCUCCAGUGCGAGCACAGCCGGCGGUGACUUGCUGAUGAGAGCGCCUUCCAGGCGGGUGGAGAAUGGGUCGCCGAGCGUUCGCAAAAAUGGCGGCCGGCCAAAGGGAUCCAAGGACAAGGUCAAGCGGAAGCCUGGGGGCGGCAGACCAAAGGGCUCAAAGGACAAGAAGCAGCGGAUGAGGCGAAUCACCGACACGAACGACGGCGAGUCACUGCCGGUGCCAGUGCUGCUGGUGAUCGGCCCCUGA